AUGAGUCAUUGGCGUGGUGACAAAGAAGCAGAAAUUUUGCGUCUUGGAUAUGUCAAACCUGAAAUAAUAAGCUGGUCUCCUCGAAUUAUUGUACUUCAUAAUUUCCUUAGCUACGAGGAAUGUGACUACCUUAGAGCCGUUGCCCUCCCCCGGCUUCAAGUUUCUACUGUGGUGGAUGCAAAAACAGGGCAGGGAGUUACGAGUAAGGUAAGGACAAGCUCUGGUAUGUUCUUGAAGCCAAGUGAGAAAACAUAUCCAAUGGUACAGGCAAUUGAAAAGCGAAUUUCAGUCUUCUCUCAAAUACCAGCUGAAAAUGGGGAGCAUAUCCAAGUUUUAAGGUGGCACAUGUAUGAAAAGGAUCAGUUUUACAAGCCCCAUUGUGAUUACUUUUCUGAUCCUUUUAAUGUGAAGCGUGGUCAACGAAUAGCAACUAUGCUCAUGUAUCUUAGUGAUAAUGUUGAAGGAGGAGAAACAUAUUUCCCUCAGGCUGGUACGGGAGUUUGUAGCUGUGGAGGGAAGAUUGUUAAAGGGUUGUCGAUAAAACCGAUCAAAGGAGAUGCAAUACUUUUCUGGAGCAUGGGACUUGACGGACAGUCCGAUCCAGACAGCCUACACGGAGGAUGCGCGGUUUUGUCCGGUGAGAAAUGGUCGGCAACGAAAUGGAUGAGACAGAAACCUAUAUCCUAAUUCUAAAUCACUAUCAAUCCUUCUUUCACUAUGCAUAGAAAUUGUUCAUUGGAAUUGAACAUGAGUAACGGAUACUGGUAUGUUUUUACGGUAGUAUAAUCAUUUAUU